AAUUGACUUUAUUAUUCUAGCAUCACGGCAGCAGGUUUCUGCUCAUUUGGAGUUACUCUUGUCACCAGAACUGUAUGUCUACUUGAAGUAGUAAAAAAAAGAGGCACUGCAGCACAAGGAGUCUGCAUGUCUGACUAGACAUGCUCAGCUUUGUGGAUACUCGGAUUUUGUUGCUGCUUGCAGUAACUUCAUACCUAGGAUCAUGCCAGUCCGGUCCCCGUGGGGACAAAGGUCCUGUAGGUGACAGGGGUCCUCAAGGCCCAAAUGGAAAAGAUGGCAGACCCGGAGAUGCUGGCCCUGCUGGCCCCCCUGGCCUCCCUGGCCCCCCCGGCCUAGGCGGAAACUUCGCUGCUCAGUAUGAUGCAUCAAAAGCGGCUGAUCCAGGUCCUGGAGCUCCGGGCCCAUCAGGACCAAGAGGUCCAUCUGGACCCCCUGGUCAAUCUGGAUCCCAAGGUUUGCAAGGACAUGCCGGUGAACCUGGAGAACCAGGCCAGACAGGCCCCGUUGGUCCCCGAGGGCCCGCAGGACCCCCAGGCAAAUCUGGAGAGGAUGGUAACAAUGGCAGACCUGGCAAGCCUGGAGACAGAGGAACUCUUGGUGCUCAGGGUGCUCGUGGUUUCCCUGGUACCCCUGGCCUUCCUGGAAUGAAGGGACACAGAGGCUACCCUGGUCUUGAUGGACGCAAGGGGGAGAAUGGUGUUGCAGGUGCUAAGGGUGAAACUGGUGCUCAUGGUGCAAACGGUACUCCAGGACAGAUGGGUUCCCGUGGUCUCCCCGGUGAGAGAGGCCGUGUUGGCCCAGCUGGUCCCGCUGGUGCUCGCGGUGCUGAUGGUAACACUGGUCCUGCCGGUCCUGCCGGUCCUCUGGGAUCGGCGGGUCCUCCAGGAUUCCCAGGUGCUCCUGGCCCCAAGGGAGAGAUUGGGCCUGUUGGACCCACAGGUCCAAGUGGAGCUCAAGGCCAAAGAGGUGAGCCAGGUUCCAAUGGCGCUGUCGGCCCUGUCGGUCCUCCUGGAAACCCCGGUAACAACGGUCUGAAUGGUGCCAAGGGUGCCGCUGGUGCUCCUGGCAUUUCUGGUGCCCCCGGAUUCCCUGGCCCAAGAGGAGGACCAGGCCCACAAGGUCCUUCUGGUGCCGCUGGGCUCAGAGGCCUCACUGGAGAUCCUGGCCCUGCUGGGAUAAAGGGAGAGGCUGGUGUCAAGGGUGAGACUGGCUCUGCUGGUCUCCAAGGUAGUCCUGGCCCGGCUGGCGAGGAGGGCAAGAGAGGUCCCACUGGCGAGCCCGGGCCUUCGGGUGUUUCCGGAGAGCGUGGCGAGAGAGGUGUUUCUGGGGUCCGUGGUGGUCCUGGUGCUGAGGGCAGAGCUGGACCCAUGGGAAUGCCUGGAAGCCGCGGCCCAACCGGCGGCCCUGGCGCCCGCGGUCCCCCCGGUGAUGCUGGUCGCGCUGGCGAGCCUGGCCUCGUAGGCCCAAGAGGUCUUCCUGGCAGUCCGGGAAGCGGCGGUCCCCCUGGAAAGGAGGGUCCUUCUGGGGCUCCUGGUCUGGAUGGCCGCACUGGCCCCCCCGGCCCCUCUGGACCCAGAGGACAGCCUGGUAACAUCGGAUUCCCUGGACCUAAGGGCCCCUCCGGCGAACCCGGCAAACCUGGGGACAAGGGAUCUGUUGGCCCAACUGGUUUAAGAGGUCCUCCUGGUCCUGACGGUAACAAUGGUGCUGCUGGUCUACCCGGACCUAAUGGUAAUGCUGGUGAGAAAGGAGAACAGGGUCCUUCUGGUGCUCCGGGGUUCCAGGGUCUCCCUGGACCUGCAGGACCAGUUGGUGAAGCUGGCAAACCUGGUGACCGAGGCAUUCCCGGUGACUCCGGACUUCCCGGACCUGCCGGCCCAAGGGGAGAGCGUGGUACUCCUGGCCCUGCAGGUGCAUCUGGUCCUCAGGGUCCCAUGGGAAUCCGUGGACCCUCUGGAACUCCUGGACCUGAUGGAACUAAGGGUGAGCCUGGAGCUGUUGGACCUGCCGGCCCUGCCGGUCACCAGGGGCCCUCUGGCAUGCCCGGUGAGCGUGGUACGGGUGGUACUCCUGGACCCAAAGGCGAGAAGGGUGAGACUGGACACAGAGGUCCCGAUGGUAACAUGGGCAGAGAUGGUGCUCGCGGUGGUCCUGGACCCAGCGGACCCCCCGGGCCUGCUGGUGCUAACGGUGACAAGGGUGAGACUGGUUCCUCUGGUCCUUCUGGUCCCUCUGGUGUCCGUGGUCCUUCUGGGGAGCGUGGUGAGUCAGGCCCUGCUGGGCCCCCCGGACCCGCCGGACCCCCUGGUGCUGAUGGCCAGACUGGUGCCAAAGGAGAGAAGGGCCCCGCAGGAGCUAAGGGAGAUUCUGGGCCCCCUGGUCUUUCUGGUCUUUCUGGGAACUCUGGCCCCCCUGGCGCCGCUGGUCCUGGCGGCCCCCCUGGUAUCCGUGGUGACGGCGGCCCCCCUGGCCUGCCUGGUUUCCCUGGUGCUGCUGGCCGCAUGGGAGCUGCCGGACCUGCUGGCAUCGGUGGUCCACCUGGCCCCUCUGGCUUCCAAGGAAAGGACGGUCCUCGUGGUCCCAGAGGUGAUUCUGGCCCUGUUGGACCUCAGGGAGAGUCAGGCAUAGUUGGUCCCCUUGGACCUCCUGGAGACAAGGGCUCCCCUGGAGAGACUGGUGCUGCUGGUCCACCUGGCGCCGCUGGACUCCAAGGUCCACUUGGACUUCAAGGUUUCAUUGGUCUUCCUGGUUCCAGAGGUGACCGCGGUCUUCCUGGUGGUACUGGCGGUUCUGGCGAGUCUGGAAAGCUGGGACCCUCAGGAGCCCCCGGUCCCCGUGGUGUUGCCGGAAACAUCGGAAUGCCUGGCAUGACUGGCCCCGCAGGAGAAGCUGGACGUGAGGGUAGCCCUGGCAAUGAUGGACCUCCUGGCCGUCCUGGUGCUGCUGGCUUCAAGGGUGAUCGUGGUGAGCCUGGAUCUCCUGGUCCUCUUGGAGGUGCUGGUGCUCCAGGACCCAACGGGCCCACUGGUGCAGUGGGUCGUCCUGGAAACCGUGGUGAGACUGGUCCUUCAGGUUCUGUUGGUCCAGCUGGUCCUGCUGGUGCAAGAGGUGCUGUUGGCUCUGCUGGUUCUCGUGGUGAGAAGGGUGUUGCUGGAGAGAAGGGUGAAAGAGGUAUGAAGGGUCUGCGUGGACAUGGUGGACUCCAGGGAAUGCCAGGACCCAGUGGUCCUCCUGGUGACCAAGGUUCUGCUGGUCUUGCUGGUCCAUCUGGUCCUAGAGGCCCAGCUGGUCCUCACGGUCCUCCUGGAAAGGAUGGAAACAGUGGUCAGCAUGGUGCAGCUGGACCUGUGGGCCACCGUGGACCUCCCGGCUUUGUUGGUCCCGCUGGUCCUCCUGGACCUCCCGGUCCACCUGGCCCCCCUGGUCCAUCUGGUGGCGGAUAUGAUGUCUCUGGUGGCUACGACGAUUACAGGGCCGACCAGGCUGCUCUCAGGGCAAAGGACUAUGAGGUGGACGCCACUAUCAAGUCCCUGAACACGCAGAUUGACAACCUGCUCACACCUGAGGGCUCCAAGAAGAAUCCAGCCCGUACCUGCCGUGACAUCAGGCUGAGCCACGCAGACUGGAGCAGCGGCUAUUACUGGAUCGACCCCAACCAGGGCUGCAUCAUGGAUGCCAUCAAGGUUUACUGUGACUUCACCACGGGACACACCUGCAUCUACCCCAAUCCUAGCAGCAUUGCCCACAAGAACUGGUACAGGAGCUCUCAGGAGAAGAAGCAUGUCUGGUUUGGAGAGACCAUCAAUGGUGGCACUGAGUUUGGCUACAACGAUGACAGCAUUAGCCCUCAGACCAUGGCCACUCAGCUGGCCUUCAUGCGCCUGCUGGCUAACCAGGCCACCCAGAACAUCACCUACCACUGCAAGAACAGCAUCGCCUACAUGGACGCCGAGAAUGGCAACCUGAAGAAGGCAGUGCUGCUGCAGGGCUCUAACGACGUGGAGCUGAGGGCCGAGGGCAACAGUCGCUUCACGUUCAGUGUGCUGGAGGACGGGUGCACAAGACACACAGGCCAGUGGGGCAAGACAGUCAUCGAAUACAGGACGACGAAACCAUCUCGCCUGCCCAUCCUCGACAUUGCACCUUUGGACAUUGGUGGAGCUGAUCAAGAAUUUGGCUUGGACAUUGGCCCAGUCUGUUUCAAAUAAAUAGACUCAUGAUAAAUUAAAAAAGAGAAAGAAAAAAAAAGAAUCUCUGCCCUUUCUGUUUUUAUACUGAAUGCUGAUUUCUUCCGCUCAUCCACUUGCUUAAGCUGGGACCUAUCGGAGAAGACAAUGGACUGAAUGGAGCAUUGUGCAAUGCAAAUUAAUACAGAGGCCCAAGACACAAUGGGAAACACCUUGUUAUCGGACGUGUCACCAUUUGUAAAAAUAACAAAGUGUAAUAAAAACCCUGAAAGUAUGCAUCACUUGUGGUCUUUGUAUAUCUUCCAAAGAGGAGGUUUAAAACCACAGCUUCCAAAGGUUUAAACUACCUCAUGCUUGUAUUAAAACCUGAUCCACAUCCUAAUGUUUCAGUCAGGAGGCUUCAAGAUCACUCCUGUGUCAAAGGUGCUCAAGUACUUGAAGCAGUAAUAUGGUGCUAUACAUGCAACUGCAGAGGAAACCACUUUACUGUAUUACUUUGUAUUGUCUCGUAGAUGGUGUCUUGCUCAUUCUCACUGAUAUGCCCCUGUUAAGCAGGUGGAACGCUCCUCAAUCUAAUGUUUGUUCGGUUAACCUUUGUCUGGUUUUAUUUUCGUUUAAUUUUGUUUGCCCCCCCCCCCUUUUUUUCAGUCCCAGUGUUCGUGCUUUCCGCCACGUUUCAUCCAUUUGAAUGAGAGGCCUCUUUCUCAACAGAACAACAAAGUUUAUUGUACCUAUUUUGUAUAUGUGAGAUGUUUAAAUAAAUUGUGAAAAGUUCUGAAAUAAAGCAUGUUCCAAUGUUCCAAAACACAA